AUGGGCAAAACGAGCAAAGUGAAGAAGACAAAGGCCGGAACAUCCAGCGGAAAUGUACAAUGUAAGUCAAAUCUAGAAUUUUUUUCAUAGCAAUUUUUUUCAGCUCUUCCCUUCAACACAGACAAAGGACAGCAUAUUCUGAAGAAUCCGGGCGUCGUGAACGCUAUCGUCGAAAAAUCGGCGCUGAAAUCGACGGAUACCGUGCUGGAAGUGGGUCCCGGAACCGGAAAUCUGACUGUGAAGAUGUUGGAAGUGGCGAAAACGGUGAUCGCGUGCGAAAUCGAUCCGAGAAUGAUUGCCGAGGUCAAAAAACGUGUGAUGGGAACGUGAGAAAUGAAAAAUUUGGUAGAAAAUCGGAAAAAUGUGUUUUAGGCCACUCCAGAACAAGCUACAAGUGAACGGCGGCGAUGUGAUGAAGUUGGAAUGGCCGUUUUUCGACGUCUGCGUCGCGAAUCUUCCCUAUCAAAUCUCGUCGCCAUUUGUACAGAAAUUGCUGCUCCACAGGCCGUUGCCAAGGUAAUUCAAAGAAAAAAUAGGCAACAAUUCGCAGAAUUGCAGAUACGCAGUGCUGAUGUUCCAGAAAGAGUUUGCGGACCGUCUGGUGGCCCGUCCGGGCGACAAGGACUAUUCGCGGCUCUCGGUAAAUGUGCAACUGCUCGCCAAGGUGGAAAUGUUGAUGAAAGUGAAGAGAACCGAGUUCCGUCCGCCGCCGAAAGUCGAUUCGGCCGUCGUCAGAAUUGCGCCCAAAAAUCCGCCGCCGCCAGUCAAUUUUGUGGUAUUCUUAGGGAUAUCAGGAUUGUUUUCAAUUUCUCCGAAAUUUUCAGGAAUGGGAAGGCCUCCUCCGUCUGUGUUUUAUGCGCAAAAACAAGACGCUCUCGGCGAUUUUCAAACUUUCGAAUGUGGUCGAAAUCAUUGAGACCAACUACCGAAAAGUGUGCAGUUUCAAGAAUAAGGUGAGCGAAAAUUGUAGAAUCUCUGAAAAUCCAGAAACAUCUUAUCCUAAAGGACCAGGGAACCCUCAAUUAUUUUUUUGAAAUUCUCAGCACGGCCUAUUGCCCUUCACUUUUAACUUAAUUGAGCCCUCUAGAAUACCUGGGCAGCAAUCUGGACAUUUCCGACUUUUACCGCGAUUGUAACAGGUUCAGAGGUUUCCUAAUCCUUUAAAAAAAUCUGAAAAAUCCUUAAAAAUCCUCCAACAAUGUGUUAAAUUUGCAGCCAGUGCCAAAGGACCUCAACAUGAAGACGCUCAUCGAAAACACGCUUUCGGCGUCCGGAUACGCGGAUUCGCGCGCCCGCAAGAUGCGCGUCGAGGACUUUUUGGCCCUUCUGCUCGCCUUCAACAAAGCCGACAUCCAUUUCAUGUCCUAAAACGUUGUUUUGUCUGCAUUUCUUGUUAUCAUUGUUAUCUACAUGUUUUCCGCGCCCAAAAAUUGUUAAUUUUUUGGAUACAUCUUUGAAUUUUUCUGAAGAGAGAAGGCUUCAGACCUUUGAUUUCCUUCUCGAACAUUGUUGUUUUGCUAUUCACAAUUGCUUUUUAAACUGUGUUUAUACAGAAAGAAUAAUGAUAAUCAAAAGAUUCUCGGCCUCCUGCCGACUUUUCUCAACAGCUUCCACGUCCGGAAUUGUCGAGGUAAGAUGUGAAAAAUUCCAGAAACAUCUAUCAAUUUUCCAGAAAAGCACGCAACCGCCGACAAAAUGUCUGCAAUUGGCGGUGAUCGGCGCUCCGAACGUCGGAAAAUCGCUGCUGACGAACUCGCUCGUCAGAUGUCCGCUCUCGGCGGUCAGCAGCAAAAUGGACACCACCACAAGGGUAAAAUUUAA